UGGGGUGGUGACCCCCCCAUCGCCGCGGGCUCGGGCGCCAUGUGGGCCAACGGCAGCGCCCCGGGGCCCUGCUUCCGGCCGAUGAACAUCACGCUGCAGGAGCGGCACCUGAUCGCCUCGCCCUGGUUCGCCGCGUCCUUCUGCGUGCUGGGCCUGGGGUCCAACCUGCUGGCCCUGAGCGUGCUGGCCGGGGCGCCGGCGCCGCGCUCGUCCUUCCUCACCCUGCUGUGCGGCCUGGUCCUCACCGACUUCCUGGGGCUGCUGGUCACCGGGGCCAUCGUGGUGUCGCAGCACGCGGCGCUCUUCGCCUGGCAGGCCGCCGACCCCGGCUGCCGCCUCUGCCACUUCAUGGGGGUGGCCAUGGUGUUCUUCGGGCUGUGCCCGCUGCUCCUGGGCGCCGCCAUGGCCUCGGAGCGCUACGUGGGCAUCACGCGGCCCUUCUGGCGCCCGUCGGCCACGUGGCGCCGCGCCUGGGCCACGGUGGCGCUGGUGUGGCUGGUGGCCCUGGCGCUGGGGCUGCUGCCGCUGCUGGGGCUCGGCCGCUACACCGUGCAGUACCCCGGCUCCUGGUGCUUCCUGACGCUCGGGCCGCGGCGCGGCGACGUGGCCUUCGGCCUGCUGUUCGCGCUGCUGGGCAGCGUGUCCGUGGGUCUGUCCUUCCUGCUCAACACCGUGAGCGUGGCCACGCUCUGCCACGUCUACCACGGCCGCGAGGCCGCGCGCCAGCGCCCGCGGGACUGCGAGGUGGAGAUGAUGGUGCAGCUGGUGGGCAUCAUGGUGGUGGCCACCGUGUGCUGGAUGCCGCUGCUGGUCUUCAUCGCACAGACCUUGCUGCAGACACCACCUGUCAUGAGCCCCUCCGGGCAGCUGUCGCGGGCCACGGAACACCAGCUGCUCAUUUACCUGCGUGUGGCCACGUGGAACCAGAUCUUGGACCCCUGGGUCUACAUCCUGUUUCGCCGGUCGGUGCUCCGACGCCUGCACCCGCGGCUCAGUUCCCGGCACCGGGCUCUGUCCCUGCACCCACCCCCAGCCCAGGCCUCACCCAGUGGGCCCUGAAGGACAGUGCCGCCCAAACCUCAAGCCCUGGGUGACUGCCACAGGCCCGUGUCCCAUCCCAGGAGCCCGGGUGCUUUGUGGACUAAAGGAGGGAGCCAUCGACACAGGGUUGACUCCUCUGAACCGCU